AUGGGUGCAUCAGGCUUAGGUUCUGCUUUAGCAAAUUGCAUUAAUCUCUCAAAUUUGACACUUAAUCUUUGUGAUAAUUAAAUUGGUGAUGAAGGUGCAUCAGGCUUAUGUUAUGCUUUAGCAAAUUGCAUUAAUCUCUCAAAUUUGACACUUAACCUUUAUGAGAAUUAAAUUGGUGCAAUGGGUGCAUAAGGCUUAGGUUCUGCUUUAGCAAAUUGCAUUAAUCUCUCAAAUUUGACACUUAAUCUUCGUAAUAAUUAAAUUGGUGCAAUGGGUGCAUCAGGCUUAGGUUCUGCUUUAACAAAUUGCAUUAAUCUCUCAAAUUUGACACUUGACCUUAGUAGAAAUUAAAUUGGUGAUGAAGGUGCAUCAGGCUUAGGUUUAGGUUUAGCUUUAACAAAUUGCAUUAAUCUCUCGAAUUUGACACUUAGACUUUAUAAAAAUUAAAUUGGUGCAAUGGGUGUAUCAGAUUUAGGUUCAGCUUUAGCAAAUUGCAUUAAACUCUCAAAUUUGACACUUAACCUUUAUUACAAUUAAAUUGGUGAUAAAGGUGCAUCAGACUUAGGUUCUGCUUUAGCAAAUUGCAUUAAUCUCUCAUAUUUGACACUUAUCCUUCAGUAAAAACAGUUUAUUUGUUUUGGAUU